AUAAUUGACGCACCUUUUGGACAAAAAAGUUAAAAAUAUAUUUAAAAAAUAAUGCAAUAAGUGAGAGGCUGGACAAAUUAGCUUAUAUAGUAGAUAAUUGAUUAAUUAAUGGAACAAAAUUAUGUGCACAGUGCUGAGUGUGCUAGCCAGCGAAUAAUUCCAAACCGAAAAUCAGAAAAUGAAUAAAAAUAACGUUUAAGGUGCUUCAACACUUGACAAAACGCAGAAGAGAAGAAGCACAAACUACGUGGUGUUCUUGUGUGCGCCAGAAACUUGUGGAAAUAAUUGAGUAUAACACACAAGCCACAAUUAGUGAGAAUCGGUGGAAAAUGUACCUGCUGUGCACUGUGGCCAAAAUUCGUGUAAAACAUAAACUGUCAUAGAGAGAGAAAGGAAGCAUGGGCAUGGCCAUUCUGCAUGCGCCCGAGCAAGUGAACGCGGAAGCGGAAGCCAGAGUCACCAGCAGCUGUCCAACAACAGAGAAGAAGUCGAAGGAGCAGCAGCAGCAGCAUCAGCUUCCAUAUGGCAGAACAUCGAAACGCGUGCAGUUCUAUCGUUUUGCUUUGUUUUUCAUUGCUGGCAGCUUUGCGGCCUUCUCCUUUCAUGCGUUGACAUCAUCAUCCAGCUGGAGGCUGCGGCAUCAAUUGCAUCAUCUGCCCAAUGCCCACUAUCUGCAGACGCGGGACGAAUUCGCCGUCUACUCGGUGGAGGAGCUGAAUGCGUUCAAGGAGUUCUACGACAAGAGCAUCAGCGACAGCGUUGGCUCCAGCUAUUCGGAGGCGGAGCAGACCAACAUCAAAGAGGCUUUGGGCGCGCUACGGCUCGCCCAGGAUAUGCAUCUGUCGGGCAAGGAUGACAAGGCGUCGCGACUGUUUGAGCAUGCCCUGGCCCUGGCGCCCAAGCAUCCGGAGGUGCUGCUGCGUUACGGCGAGUUCCUGGAGCACAAUCAACGCAACAUUGUGCUGGCGGAUCAGUACUACUUUCAAGCGUUAACCAUCUGUCCGAGCAACUCGGAGGCAUUGGCCAAUCGCCAGCGCACGGCAGAUGUGGUGCAAACGCUGGAUGAGCGGCGUUUGCUAUCGCUGGACUCCAAACGGGACGCCCUGUCGGCCAUACACGAAUCGAGCUCGGCUCUGCGUCGCGCCAAGAAGGAGGCUUACUUCCAGCACAUCUACCACUCGGUGGGCAUUGAGGGCAACACCAUGACACUGGCCCAGACGCGAUCCAUUCUGGAGACACGCAUGGCCGUCGAUGGCAAGUCCAUAGACGAACACAACGAAAUCCUGGGCAUGGAUCUGGCCAUGAAGUACAUCAAUGCGAGCCUGGUGCAAAAACUGGAGAUAACCAUCAAGGACAUACUGGAGCUGCAUCGUCGCGUUCUGGGGCAUGUGGAUCCCAUUGAGGGCGGCGAAUUCAGGCGGAAUCAGGUCUAUGUGGGUGGCCAUGUGCCGCCCGGACCUGGCGAUUUGGCGCUGCUUAUGCAACGCUUCGAACGGUGGCUAAAUUCCGAGCACAGCAGCUCCCUGCAUCCUGUAAACUAUGCUGCCUACGCGCACUACAAACUGGUGCACAUACAUCCCUUUAUCGAUGGCAAUGGACGCACUUCGCGUCUCCUGAUGAACACCCUGCUGAUGCGUGCUGGCUAUCCGCCCGUAAUCAUACCGAAGCAACAGCGCAGCAAAUACUAUCACUUCCUGAAGCUGGCCAAUGAGGGUGAUAUACGCCCCUUUGUGCGUUUCAUUGCGGACUGCACCGAACGAACGCUGGAUCUGUAUUUGUGGGCCACCAGCGAUCUGCCCCAACAGAUACCCAUGCUCAUACAAACGGAGAGCGAGGCGGGCGAGCAGCUCGCCCAAAUGGCCCACAUCAAAGCUCAAAGCGCAUCCAUACCGGAAUUCUAUGAGUUCUCCGGCUCGGGAUUUAUGCCCUGACACCAAAUUAGCAAAUUCUUUCAGUUAUUUAUUUUUGUGUAUAUAUUUUUUUAGCGUAUUAGCGUACAAUUCUUUCUCCGCUUUGUGUGUAGUUUAUUUAAUGCCGUGUUUUGUCAGACUGUGAUCGUAUUUAAGCUUAAAGAACUAACCAAAAAAUAACAAUCUGCUGCUUGACAGAUUAUGCAAAUCAAUGCACAAAACAAAUCAAUCAGUGCGAGUAGUGCUACGAGUAUACAUAUAUUAAAAUUAAGUAGCAACUUGUAUUGUGUGUAUGUGUAAGCCUACAAAUAUUGUGGCGUUUAUUCCAAGUUUGAGGGAAAUCUCGAGGUGUUCCCUGGACAACGUGUAAAUAUGACAUAUGCUAAGAAACUGA